CCACUAACACCUUUAUCUGGUGGUGGUUGGGUGAUACGAUACGGACAGCUCUUUUGUCAUAAAAUGAAGCGCCGUUUCCUAUAAAUAGCGGACACCAUCGUCAGCACUCGAACCGAUCGGUCGGUUGUACAGUGCAUGUGUGUUGCGAUGGUGAAAUUGUGUGGCCUUGCUUGCAGAGUGUUGCUGCUGCUAUCGGCACUCCUAGCCGCAGCUCCUGGUGGAGUCGUUCAAGCGCGUGGCGUAGUGUCCGGGCGAGCGUUCGACUCCUUCCGACUACCGAACACCACCGUGCCAACGCACUAUACGCUGCGUCUCGAUACGGAUGUGCACCGCGGUGUCUUUGAGUACACUGGAAAUGUUCAGAUCAGGAUCAACGUGGUAGAAGCGACCGAUCAAAUAGUGUUGCACAGCUUGCGCAAUGUGAUCACGGAUCUGCAGCUUCGGAACAGUGCCGGACUGAAUGUUCCGGUAAAGAAUUACGAAUUCGACGUGGAGAAGGAAUUCCUGGUGGUCAACGUAGGUACCACGCUGCAGCCAAACAGUGGUACCUACACGCUCGAGAUUGACUUCACCAACAGUAUCGAUCGUAACGAUCAGGCAGGAUUUUACCGAUCAUCGUACGAGGACGAUCAGGGUGUCGUUAGAUACCUUGGACUAACGCAGUUCGAGUCGGUCGAUGCCCGUACCUCGUUCCCGUGCUACGACGAGCCGGGCAUAAAGACGACGUACGACAUCUACAUCGUGUGCGGCAUUGAGUAUCAUGCGCGGUCCAAUGCGCCGCUUCGUGGCAUUCAGCUGCUGAGCGGGGGAAAGAAACUGUCCACCUUUGCCACAACGCCACGCAUGCAAACAUAUCUCGUGGCCUGGCUGGUGUCCGACUUUGUGUACGAGCGUGAGGUGCUGACCCAGCCGCAGCUAGCCGUUGCAUCGUGGGCCAAACCCUCGUCGGCCCAUCAACUCUCCUACUCGGUCGAUGCUUCCACGCGCUUCAUGCGUGCUAUGGAGGCAUAUUUUGGCCAGCAGUACAGCAUGUCCAAGAUUGACAAUGUGGCAAUCAAGGACUCGGACUACAGUGCGGGUGCGAUGGAGAACUGGGGCUUGGUCACCUACCGGGAGUCCGCUAUCUUUUACGAACCGGAGCAAGGUGAACAGCGGCAGGUGGGAGUCGUUACGAUCGUUGGCCAUGAAUUCACGCACCAGUUUUUCGGUAACCUGCUGGCACCGAAGUGGUGGAGCUACCUGUGGCUGAACGAAGGUUUCGCGCGGCUGUAUCAGUACUACCUGGGAGAUAUCAGCCAUCCAGAGCUGAAUCUUCGCCAGCGCUUCAUUUCCGGUCCCCUGCAGACUGCACUACGGGCGGACAGUUCGCUGACCGUGCGCCCCAUGACGUACUACAUCGACACACGCCAGGGCAUUUCCCGGCUGUUCGAUUCGAUUGCCUACGACAAAUCGGCCUGCGUGCUGCGCAUGAUGAACUACGCUUUGGGCGAGCGAACCUUCCAAAAGGGACUGCGCUACUAUGUGCAACAAAACAAAGAUCGGGGAGUCGUGGAGGAAUCCAACCUUUUCGACAGCAUCGAACAGGCCGCCAAGGAAGACGCGGUCCUGCCCAUCACCCUUUCGAUGCACGACAUCUUCCGCUCCUGGUCCAACCAGCCGGGUGUCCCAGUAGUUACGGUCCGCCGUGAUGGCGAUGAGUUCCUGUUCACCCAGCAGCGUUUCGUUGGUGAUGAGCCCCCGGCAGAACCGUUCACAAACGCUUGGUGGAUUCCCAUUUCCUUCUCGACACCGUCCAACACCGUCUACGAAACGUUGCCAGCAUUCUGGAUGCCCCCGAACGUGAGCGAGGUGGCGUACACGAUUGAGACUGACGAGGGCGAAACGGUUACGUUCAAUCCGCGCUCCACCGGAUACUACCGGGUCGAGUACGAAGAACCCAUGCUCCGAGAAAUGGUCCAGCAGCUGAACAAAGAUCACACCGCGUUCCAAGCACCGGCUCGUGCCCGUCUACUCGACGACACGCUCAGCAUUGCGCUGGCCCGUGGAACCAACUACGAUGCGGUACUGCAGCUGAUGAGCUACCUGCAAAAGGAAACCGAAUACGUACCGUGGAUGGUUGCCAGUGACAAUCUGCGCCACAUGCAGACCAUGCUACGAACCAACGACGAGGCGUCGCGCUUGUUGCAAGCGUUCGUAGCAAAGAUGGCCAGCCCGCUGCUGGAGAAACUCGGCACCGAUAGUGGAUUGGGCGAGUCGGCCACCGUCCAAGAGCUACGAACAAUCGCCAUCGAGCUGGCCUGUAGCGCUAGUGAAUCGUGCAAAAAGGAUGCCCAAUCGGCAGUUGAUGCUCUAUCGCGCAGCGAAAAGCGUUACCACAACACGGUGGACAGUGCACUCCUGUGCCAGGGUCUGCAGCAAGUGAACGUGGGCCAACGGAAGGCAAUGGCCGAAGAGAUUUCGCAUGCGCUCGCUGCUAAGAAUGAGAACGAUAUUUUCGCCAAACAGUACCUGGAACAGUCUCUUGGUUGUAUCGGCACGGACAAGACGCUGGUACAGUCGUACGGCAAGUAUCUGUUUGGCCUUAGCGAAGCUGACCGUUCCGAAGCGCUGCAUCGGUUGCUCGUCAAGUCGAAGGUGCCACUGGAAGAGGUAUUGCAAUCGGUGGAUUCGGAACUCUCGCAACGUUCCAGCUCCAUCUACCACGCCACCGUGCCCAAGGUACUCUUGGAGGUUGCUCGCUACGUUACGGAACCGGCGGGCAUGCAACUCUUAAACUCUUUGACGACUGCUCACGCUCCCUCGAUAGCUGCUGAAGUUGAACAGCAGCUUCAAUCGAACCGCAGAUGGCUCGAUCGGAAUGCCGAACCGCUGGUGGAUGCACUAACGCGCUAUUUUAAUGCUUGAUCUGACUAGCUCACCAUAGUACGGCACAUAAACCAAUAAACAUAAAGCAAAAUGUUUGUAUUUGCCACCGGCCCUAGCCCAAUAAAAACGAAUAACUCUAUUGUCCAUCAAUUAUCUAAUCGAAUGGACCUACAUUCACUA